CAUCCAGCAUGAACGGCAUGAACCAUAGAUCCAUGGCAUGAACGCUGAAUACAAACAGAAUUUAGUUGGUGUCUUGUAAACAAAACAGAAGACAUAAAAUGCCUAUGAAGGGGAGGUUUCCGAUCAGGAGGACUCUUGAGUAUCUCCAGAAGGGUGAAGUUAUAUUUAAAAACAGAGUGAAGAUCAUGACGGUGAAUUACAACACACACGGAGAGCUGAGCGACGGAGCAAGAAAGUUUGUGUUCUUCAAUAUUCCCCAGAUUCAGUACAAAAAUCCUUGGGUCCAAAUAAUGAUGUUCAAAAACAUGACACCGUCUCCCUUCUUGAGGUUCUACUUGGAUGACGGGGAGCAGGUGCUGGUGGACGUGGAGGGGAAGGAUUACAAACAAAUUGGACAACAUGUUAAGAAGAUUCUGGGGAAAUCAGAAGAGGUUUUACAAGCUGAGGCGGAAGCCAAGAUGCAGGCCUCCAACCCGGCCAACUUUGGACCCAAAAAGUACUGUCUGAGAGAAUGCAUCUGUGAGGUGGAGGGCCAGGUGCCGUGCCCUGGCACCACACCGCUGCCCAAGGAGAUGACCGGCAAAUACCGAGCCCGGAUGGCAGAGGCCCAGGAGUGAGAAGCUGACGGGGAACCAGACUUGUAUUUUCAUUGGACAAUAUUCUGGUAUUUUAAUGGUUGAUUUACGUCUUUUUCAAACAACCAUAUGAAAGGACUCACAGUCUGCUCCAGUCUACAGCAGCAAGAGCCUCCCAGCUCACAACUUUGUUAUUCUUCACAGCUAUACAUUCAAUUUACAUCAUGCAGAUCUGGGUUCUGGAUGUGCAGGAAUGAUAACUUUUUAAAUAAAAGCCAUGCUUGACCA